AUGAACCCAGUGCCCCGAAAACGAAAGAGAAUCAGCAUAGUGUGUAACAUAUGCAAGGCCAGGAAGGUUAGGUGCGACAGAAACACCCCGUGCAAUCUGUGUAUCCGCCAUCGGACAGCCCAUUUAUGUGCUUACACAGAUCUUGACAAUAGCCCAUCGAAGGAGGAGUCGGAAGAGAAGCUGCCCAAAACGCCCGAGAACUUUUCCAAUGCCCCUACCGUGUAUUUUGCCCCCAUAACAGCGGCAAAAGUGCUCUCUGGGUUUGAAGGCUUCGAGUCAGUGGUGGGAGUGAAUCCUUUGAACAGUCCCCUGGAGAAAAUCAGUUUUUUUUCCGAUUACUCUUCGAUGAGCUAUGAUCCAGAUACUCAGGAGGAAAUGAACCACGGACCGUUUCUGUGGCACUCCAUCGUGAGAGUGGACCCGGCAUUGGCCGAUGUGUGGAACUUCAUCCUAAACAACAAGCCCACCAAGAAAGUGAAGGUGCCCAGCGUGUACACUAGGGGAAUACCCAAGGACGCCCCCUUGCAAGUUUUGGACAAGAUAAGGAAACAUUCAGAACAGCGCUUUGACCCUGCAAACGCUAAGCUACGGCUGCAAAAUAUCCCUUUGGGUCUCACGUUUAAGGAUCCAUUCAGGAACAAGACAGAAGCUUCCUACGAAGAGCGUUUACUUGCCAUUCUACCACCAAAGAAUAUCUUGUGGUCUCAUAUCGACCGCUUCUUCCAUUACAUAUAUCCGUUCUACCCUUUUCUCGAUGAGCAGCACUUUAGGCUUAACGUGGAAAGAAUCCUUGGCCCUCCAGAUUACCUGCUGACAGCAAUAAGGUCCUUGAAUAUCGACGGUCGUAUUGACUUGACAAUUAUCGGUAUCCUCUGUAUCGUGCUCCGUAUGAGUUACCUCUCCCUCAUUUCAAAUGACCCACUGGAGAAUACAGACGUGAUCAAACGGGGCAUUCUGGGAAUUGAUAACAAAGACAGCCAGCUUCUCCAGUCCCCUAUUGGAAUAAAGUUUGUGGACUUCUCUCGAUUUUGUCUUAACCAGUAUCAGGUCUCAAACAGAGCCUCUUUGGGAGUCGUACAACUAGUGGUUUACAUGAGAACCUACAUGGAAGCAGCUCCAGAAGAUCCUGAUGGACCUGGACGAGACCUGCACCAGGUGAAUAACGGUAUUCUUCUACAAUUGGCUUAUUCUAUUGGUCUCAACAGAGAACCUGAUAAGAUGAUGGAUACGUUGAACAAUCCCAAACUCAAUAAUGUGAGGCGGAAAUUGUGGAUGUUUGUAUCUCAUAGGGACUACACCAAUCUGAUAAAGUUUGGUACACCAUUCACUUCGCUGGCAUAUUUCAGUGACACGAAAUUUCCCUUUCUCGAUUUGACCAAUUCAAACAGUGUGUCUGAUCCAAUUGUGGAGCAGUCCAUCCAACCAUUGGAGAGACUAAUGCCGCUCAUAAAGGAUGUCUUGAAGAGUAUAUUGUUUAUGAAUGAGGACACGCUGAUUGCAGAAUUCAUCAACAAUUUAAAUCAGCUCGAAGUUUACUUGUUCGAGAACUACGGGACUAUGAGGACGUUUCACGAGGCGUUUCAUGAGACAGAUGCCAAAUCUUUGGUCCAACUGUUAAAACUUCAGUACUAUGUUCCGCUUCAAAUAUUUAUCUUGUCGUGCUACUUCCGGCUCUUCCUUUUGUAUGAGAGCCAGAAGCUCACGCACUUGGCAUUUUUCUAUCUUAAGAAGAUGCUCGUCAUCAUGUGUACCGAGAAUAUCACUUACAUCACCACCAUGUUGGAGAAGCCGCAUCCUUACUACCGUCAUGCUUACCAGUUUGCCAUGAAUCCACACCUUGAGUAUUUUAUGCACAAAUGCGUGGGCUUCUACGCCGCUAUCAUAUCCCGCUUGGGAUAUCAGAUUGUGGAAAUGCCGGAAAACGACUACAAAUUGCGUCAUCUCAAAGUACUUAUGCGGUCGCUAUCAAGGUGCUGCAAGGUUUGCCUUUUGGGGAUCCAUAAAAUCAACCAUAGGUACUGUUAUGCCUGGCGUAUAGGCACAACAUUCACAUACAUCAUCCGAGUUUUGGCUAGUGAAGGGUACUACAAGCGGCAUUUCAACAAGAAUACUGAGCUCGUCGUGCCUAAGUUGCAGUUUUCUGAAGAACAAUUUGUGGACCUAAUCAAGAUCGCUCAGGUACCGAUCAAAAACAUCGAUUUAUCACUCUUCGAGGUGUAUUGGCGCACGGUCGCAGACCUCAUUAAGUUGGGACAAAACGACAGUAAAGAUGGUCCUAACCUGACCCUUUUCAAUCCCCUCAACAGUAAGAUUGUAUUUGGCGGUGAGCCCGAGAAUAUAUCAGACUUGGGUGUUGGCUCAGGAGAAAGCCAUUUCCCAAUUCCUACAGAUGAGUUUUCCUCAGAGAACUACUUUCCUAACUUUGACUUCCAGUCUAGCUUGACUGACGUCAUGGGCACUUUCUUUGAAGGACCCGAGUCGUAUUUCGAUUCGUUCAUUAGUAUUCCUCGGAACCAAGUAGUGGAUGAUUAUGGUCUAGGAGGAAGGCUCCCCUAA